CAGUGCUUUGCACAGACUGAGCACUCUCCAGCGAGCUCUACAGAGUUAUCAUAGCUUGGUUUUCCUCCGUUUGAUCUUCAACAAUCCAAGAGGAAGAUGCCGAUCAGAAAUAUCGCCGUUGGCCAUCCCCAGGAGGCAACUCAUCCAGACGCCUUGAAGGCGGCUCUGGCUGAGUUCAUCUCCACUCUUAUUUUCGUCUUCGCCGGAGAAGGCUCUGGUAUGGCCUUUAGCAAGCUAACAAAAAACGCUGCAAAUACACCUUCUGGUCUCAUUGCUGCAUCCAUCGCCCACGCUUUUGCACUAUUUGUCGCUGUUUCCGUCGGCGCCAACAUCUCAGGUGGUCAUGUCAAUCCUGCUGUUACCUUCGGCGCCUUCGUCGGUGGAAACAUCACUCUCCUCCGUGGAAUCCUCUACUGGAUUGCUCAGCUCCUCGGCUCCACCGUCGCUUGCUUGCUUCUUAAGUUGAGCACCGGCGGCAUGGCCACCGCUGGUUUCGCACUCUCUUCCGGUGUUGGUGUUUGGAACGCGUUCGUUUUGGAGAUCGUGAUGACCUUUGGACUAGUGUACACAGUGUACGCCACAGCCAUUGAUCCAAAGAAGGGGAGUUUGGGAAUUAUCGCACCUCUCGCAAUUGGUUUCAUUGUAGGAGCAAACAUUUUGGCGGGAGGAGCAUUCGACGGAGCAUCGAUGAACCCAGCGGUGUCGUUUGGACCAGCUUUGGUUAGCUGGAGCUGGGAAAACCACUGGGUGUACUGGGCUGGGCCACUCAUCGGUGGCGGGCUUGCUGGGCUCAUAUACGAGUUCAUCUUCAUCGGACACAACACCCAUGAGCAGCUUCCCACCACUGACUACUAAACCGGCGGUACUGGUGCAUGGAUGAUGGGGUGACUCGGCUUUCUAGCUUUGGUGUUUUUAUUUUUAUCUUUUGAGGGUAGUUAUUUAUCCCUUUGUUUAAUGAAUGACCGUUGAUCUUUUCUCCACCACUAUCAUCAAAGGGUGUGUGAUUUGUGUAUUCUGCUCCGGUUGUAUGAUCCCCUUUUCUUGUUUAAGCCUCAGUAUCCAAUUUCACGUCUUUUCAUCUUUA